UGAUUUUAUUUAUUUUAUCGCAUUAUCAAACCAUUUUUAAUUUGCUUGUUCUUUUUUAAGGUUGGCAUUUCCUCUUUGGUUAUUAUCAAACAUUUUAUUCUUCAUGGUCAUCCGGUAUGGUGCCUAUUUUCUCAGCUUGACAGGAGGCUGUUUGUUACUAGCAAAUGUUCUAUUCUGUUUCAUCAGAAACCCAGUACCAGUCGAAUUGCAUUUUCAAUCAAAGCCACUUGUACUACAUUAUGGUUGGUGCUACUGGCUUGUCCUCUUCACAGGCAUCUUGUGUGAGCUUCUGACAAUCAUAAUAAUUUUUAUGGAUCUGCGUUAUCCAGAAGAACUAUCAGAAUUUUUUGGAACAGAUAUUCUCCAAGAUUAUGAAGACUUUUACGUUGGUAAUUUAUUCCCUGUUGAUCCAGUUGAAUUAGGCCUCAUUCCUCCUGAAAUAAAAGCAGGUCCUUCUCCUGAUUAUGGCACCGUCAGCAGAAGACCUUCACAGGUAAAUACUUCAGAAACGCAUUAGAAAUACAGCACUUCCUCCUCAC